AGGAAAGGUUUAUUUAGUUUAUGCUUUCACAUCAAGUCCACCUUUGAGGGAAAUCAGGGCAAGACUCAAAGCAGGAACCUGGAGGUAGGAAGUGAAGCAGAAGCAGUGGAGAAACACUGUUUAUUGAACCUCUCUCAGGCUCUGUUCAGCUACCAUUUCUAUGAGGUGGCUAAAGAAGCUCCAUUUUUACGCCAAGCAACCUGAUAAGCACUGGCCAUUUUUCUAUGAAUCUAGUCCCUGGAUGAUAAGUUCCUGGUAGCCCUGACUCUGUGAUACACACCAAUUCCCACCCAAAAAAUGGACAACCAUGACUAUCUUUGUUAUGACCUGACUAACUGCUUUUUUUUUUUUGCUUCUGUAACUUGCUUAUACAAAUACUCAAAGUCGGUUUUGAGUUGCCUUUACCACUUAACUAGACAGAACAGUCCAGUUUUCGCUUGCUUUCAUAGAUAUCGAAGGUCUUCUUAUGAUUUUUUUCCUUAAGAAAAAAGAAAACUUUCUUAUAUCCGUUCUUCAAAGCAAUCUCAAAUAUGGUUCAGAGACUGUUCAUCCUGCUAGCAAAUAAUCAAUAAAUCUACUUUGAUUGAGUCCAUGGCCUUUUCCCAGGAGUCCCAGCAGAAUCAUUGCAUUCAUUUUACAAAGAGACAGACUCUUUAUUCCAGAAAUCAUCCUUCUUAAAAUGUGGCCUUCAGGUUCUGCUCCUUAAAACAUAAAAUUCUAUAUAUUCAAAGAUAUAUUACAGCAUCAUUUCUAAUAUUAAAGUGUUGGAAAUAACUGAUCAGGUGCAAUGCUGUGGGCCUGGAGUUGUAGCUACUUGGGACACUCAGCUGAGGAGUGCUUAGCCCAAGAAUUCAAGGUCAGCCUGGGCUACAGACUGAGAAAGUAUCUCAAAGGAAAAGAAAAAAAAAACCAAAAAUCAAAAAACACAGAAACAGCGUUGACUGCCUUCCCUUGGGUAAACUCGCAUGCACGAAAAUACGAGAAUGUGUGGAAAGAUUAUGAUACAGCCAUAUGUAGGGUGAUUUCCUCAUGGCACCCCAAAACAAGAGCUUCAAAUUUUAAAGGACUCCAUUAGUGUCUGUGACUGCAGCCCUCCGACCAGCAGAGGGGACCUUCCACCAGUCUCGACUUUUAGUCCACAGAAGUUAGCGUACGGAAGUCCCGCCCCUGCCGGAAGUGAUGCCAUUGAAAAAUCCCGGAAGUUACUGGCGUCUGUAGGCGUGGGGCCUGCUGUCUGUGGUGUAGAGCACAGGUUCAUGGCUCGCACGAAGUGUAGCGGCGUCCGUCGCGGUCCGGGCGGUGGGAAGGGACCCCUGAAACGGCUACGGCUGGCCGUGGAAGGCUUCGUGCGGGCUACCUCCGAGAGCGAAGCCUGCGAGAAUCGCAGCGCUGUGGCGCGCUCCCGGCCUGGCGACCGAAAGAGCCGCAAGGAGCUUCGUAAGAAGAAGCGACAGCUGAGGAAAGUGCGGCGCCUGCAGAGGACAGUAGGCUCCGGAUCAGGGGACCAAGAAGGGAAUGUCGGCCUUAACGGUGGCCCGGAAACUCGGCCGCGCAUUGAGAUGAGGCCGACCCCCGCCAAGGCUACAGCAACCCCUGUCAAGGCCAGUGCUCCCUCCGCUAACACCAAGGCCUCGGCGACCCAGCCUAAGGCCAAUAGUUCCUACUCCAAGGGUACCAUGACUUCAACUCAGGCAAAGGCUAAAGGUGCUCCCGGAAAGCCUGGUCCUGCCACCGCCACUGCCCGGAAGCGGGCACUUCUAGCGGCCAAUGAGGAGGAGGACCGAGAGAUCAGAAAGCUGGAACGAUGCCUCGGCCUCCACAAGCGUAAGAAGGGUGAUGGUAGCUCCGUACCGCUCAGUUUCGCGCGCGACGGUCUAGACUACAUCCUGGGGGCCCUGGAAUAUGGGAGAAGCGGUGGCCUGUACGAAAGCAGCGAUGAAGAGGAGGAAGGAAAGGUGGAGACUGGACAGACAUUCUUGGAGAGUGACCCUGAGAGCAAUUCUGAAGAAAGUGAGGAGGACCCAGACUCGCAAGUGCCGCAGGAGGAUCAGGAAGAUGUAAACUCCCAAAAGGAAGGAGAAACAGAAAGUGGGACAAGAGGAAAUAAAGGGAAUAAGAAAGUGCGUUUUGCAGAAGUUGUAGAAAAGAGCGAAAGUUCUUUGGAAGAUGACUUAGAACAUCAGGAGAGUCACUGUGUUGAAAGUGGUGAAAAGUACAUCCCUCCUCAGUUGAGAAGUGAGGAGACAGUAGAUGUCCAAAAGAAAGAAGAGCUAGACAGGCUCAAGAAACAUGUUAAAGGCCUAAUUAACAGGUUGAGUGAACCAAACAUGGCUUCUAUAAGUGGGCAGCUAGAGGAGCUGUACAUGGCCCACAGCAGGAAGUACAUGAACGAUACUCUGACUGCUGUCCUCAUGGAUGCCUGUGUCACUACCUCAACCAUGCCCAGCAGACUGAUGAUGGAGCAUGUCUUCUUAGUCAGUAUCCUCCACCACACGGUCGGAACAGAGGUUGGUGCUUGCUUCCUUGAAGCUGUGGUGAAGAAGUUUGAUGAUGUCUAUAGAGAUGGAGGUGAGGGGAAAGAACUGGACAACCUCUUUACCAUGAUUGCUCAUUUGUACAACUUCCACGUGGUACAGUCUCUCCUCAUCUUUGACAUUUUAAAGAAGCUUGUUGGAACUUUUACGGAAAGAGACAUUGAGCUGAUCCUGUUGAUGCUGAAAAAUGUGGGCUUUGCAUUGAGAAAAGAUGAUGCCUUGUCACUUAAGGAACUGAUCACAGAAGCCCAGGCCCAGGCCAUUGGUGCAGGCAACAAGUUUCAGGACCAGAACAGGGUACGGUUUAUGUUGGAAACAAUGCUGGCUCUGAAGAACAAUGACAUGCGUAAAAUCCCUGGCUAUAAUCCUGAGCCUGUGGAGAAGCUGAAGAAGUUGCAGAGAGCUCUGGUUCGAAAUGCUAGCUCAGGUUCUGAGACUCAGCUUCGCAUCUCCUGGGAUGGCAUCUUGAAUGCAGAGCAGACUGGUCGCUGGUGGAUUGUGGGGUCUGCAUGGAGUGGGACCCCAAUGAUUGAAAACCAUCACACACACCUGCAGAAGCCACUUGCAGGCACGGCUAGCUCUAAGAUGCUGGAGCUUGCCAGGAAGCAGAGGAUGAACACUGAUGUCAGGAGGAAUAUAUUCUGUACUAUGAUGACAAGUGAGGACUUCUUGGAUGCCUUUGAGAAGCUGCUGAAGCUUGGGCUGAAGGACCAGCAGGAGAGAGAAAUAGUUCAUAUCCUCAUGGACUGCUGCCUGCAAGAGAAAACCUACAACCCUUUCUAUGCUUUCCUGGCCAGCAAGUUCUGUGCCUAUGAAAGGAGAUUCCAGAUGACUUUCCAGUUCAGCAUAUGGGACAAAUUUCGGGACUUAGAAAAUUUGUCAGGCACUAAGUUCUCAAACCUAGUUUAUCUGCUGACACACUUGUUGAAGACAAAGUCGCUUCCACUUUCUGUUCUAAAGGUAGUUGAAUUUAGUGAAUUGGAUAAACCCAGAGUUCACUUCCUGCGGAGAGUGUUGACUGAGCUGUUGAUGGAAACAGAAGACGAUGACCUGGUUGUGAUUUUUUCAAGAGUGUCUAGCAACCCAAAACUGGGAAUGUUGCGAGAAGGCCUGAAGCUCUUCAUUAGCCACUUCUUACUGAAGCCUGCACAGCCUCAGCAGAGUGCUGAGAAGGCCAGUCUGCUGCGAGAGAGGGCCGGUCUUGCCUCUAAGUCUUUACAGGGCAAAGCCAUCCUGAGGAUGUAAACAAAGAACAGGGAGCAUUUGACCAAGAGAUGUGAUUUCUGAGUUCAAGACCAUCCUGCCUUUGUAAGAGCGGGAGGAGUUAUGCCAUGUUCUGUCAUGGUUUAAAUACUGUAUUUUCAGGGUUGUACUGUGUACUUCAAGUGUAUAUGUGUAUACAGCAGGUCAGAGGAAAGGGGGAAAGAAGAUGGGAAUUAAACCCUGAGGGGAGGGUUGGGAAUCAUAAAUUGAUGGCUUUUUAAUCAUCUAAAAUGUUAAAAAAAAAAAGUUUAAAAGCUGGGGCUGGGGAUUUAGCUCAGUGGUAGAGCGCUUACCUUGGAAGCGCAAGGCCCUGGGUUCGGUCCCCAGCUCCGAAAAAAAGAACAAAAAAAAAAAAAAAAAAAAGUUUAAAAGCUGGGCACAUGGUAUCACAUGACUUUAAUUCCACCACUUGGGAGGCAGAGGCAGGCAGAUCUCUUAAGUUCCGGGCCAGCCUGGUCUACAUAGUUCUAGGACAGCCAGAGCAAAUUGUGCGACCCUAUCUCAAAAAGAAAAAGUUCAAAUCCCCUAAGAGACUGGUGCUUAGGCUCUGAUAUCUCCACUCAGCAGUCCCACUGACUUCAAGGAGGAGAGAGAGAAGAACAGAGAUAAAAUGAUUGUGUCAGGUAAGGGUAGCAUGGGCUCACAGUCUGAAGAAGGAAUGGCCUUGGAUACAUGACUUCCAUCCUUAAAGUUUGCUUUCUCUCUCAAGUGCUGCAGACUUGGCUAACCCUGACCUUCAGUUGUAACUAAAUAGAAGUAGAAAAGUCCUAAGUCAGAGCUUUUCGCGCAGCAGUAUUCUGUGCAGAGUGCCCUUUCGAGGCAUGCAGGCAGGCACAGACAAGGGAUGCUGCUCCUAUGUGACUCACCCCUUCGGUUAGACUUUUAACAGCACAUCCCUGUAGCAGUGUGUUUGAAAUGACUGUGUACAGUCAGGAAGUCUCCAUGUGGAUCCCUGAGAACUGAGCCAUGAAGUGAGCUAGCAGUGUCUGCUGCUGUUCUUGUUGCUAUGACAAACCUGACAAGAGUGCAUAAGGAAGGGUGGCCUGGGCUCAUACAGUGUAUACACAUCAUAGUGGGGUAUCAGGCAGCAAGAGCUCAAGGCAUCUUGUCACAUUGCAUCUGCAGUCAGGAAGCAGAGAGAGACACAGGUACUUGGCUCACUUCUCCUUUUCAUUAAGUCCAAGCCCCAGCCAAGGCAUAGUGCCAUCCAUGUUCAGGACAUCCACCCAAAUUAGCCCAAUCAAGAAACUCUCACAACCACUCGCAGAGGUUUGCUUCCUAGGUGAUGUGGAGCCUAUCAAGUGGGCAGCGUAUCUAGAUCUGGGGUUAGGAGUGAACCAUAGUGGAACACUUGCUCGGACUCUAGGCACCCCUCAGCUUUACACAACAAAGUGUGGUUUACUUACCUUUUCUGAAUUUUAUUUAUAUGUGAGUGUAUGGACAUGUGUACAAGUGAAGGCCAGAAGAGGGUGUCCUGGAGGUCGAGUUCCAGGUGCUUGUGAGCAGCCUAAUUGGGGUUGUGGGACCCAAACUGAGUUCCUUUUAGGAGAACAGCAAGCACUCUCAAGCCAGAUCUCUAGCCCCAGGUAUGUCUUCCUCCCCACCCGACCCCAUGGAAUUAAAGGCAUAUAUCACCACGUCAGGCCCAACUCUGUGUGUGUGUCAGUGUGCUUAUAGUAAAAGAACUAAUGUAUAAGCUUGGUGCAGUGGCACACACCUUUAAUCCCAGACUUUGGAUGCAGAGGCAAACAGAUCACUGACAGUUCUCAUCCAGCCUGGUCCUCAGUAAGUACCAGGACUAAAGAACCUGUCACAAAAGCAAACAUGUAUAGAAUCACUUUUUAAAGGGGGAAUUUUAUCUGUAAAAUAAAAGUGUAAAUUUUGGGGUUGGGGAUUCAGCUCAGUGUAGAGCGCUUACCUAGUAAGCGCAAGGCCCUGGGUUCGGUUCUCAGCUCCAAAAAAAAAAAAAAAAAAAAGAAAGAAAAGUAUAAAUUUUAUGUAAAAAUAAAUUACUUUUAAGCUAUUUUCUGUAGUGUGUCACCACCACUGACACUGAGGCUGACUUGUCUCAUGGCUUGUUGGCUUGGAUCCAUCCCAAAAGCUGCUGACACAGUGUAAGAAUGUCCAUACUUGGUUCACCACCAGACUCUUCCCUUUAUCAUGUGACUUUUCUGAACAAAACAAAACAUAUUGGAUACCAAGAAGCCAUGUCCAAAUGGAGGAGACAGCUGCGUGUAGAGGGUUAUUAGCCUUCUGAGUUGACUCUAGAUGGACAGUGUCUGAGGUGAUAUCUCUAUUUCUAAUGUGUUAAUCUUACUCUACAUUAAGAAGCAGAACCCCCUUUCACCACUUGAUAUCACUGUGUACUCUUAGAUCCCUAUUUUACCUUAAUGUAGGCCAUGCUUGAUUCAAGUGUGCUUUUCAAGACACAGGAAAAUUUUCAUGGAAAGGAUUUCAUUUCUCAACGAAUUCUCUUGGCUUGGUUUAUUUAUAUGUGGAGUGUUUUGCUCAUGUGUAUGUUGUAAGCUGCUGUGUGAAUGCUGUGAACCUGGGUCCUCUGGAAGAGCAGCAAGUACUUGUAAUUGUUUAGUCAUCUUUAAGGCACUUUGUCUGAUGACAUACUAACAGCUACGCAGUUUCAGUGAAUGCAGUUUGAUGAGAUGGGGAUAAGCAUGCCCACAUGAAACUGUCACCAUCAUUAAGGUCAUGCUGUGUCUUCUGGAUUUCAGGUCCAUUCCCAUCCCUUAUUACUGUGGCUUGCAUUCAGGUAGUCACUUAAUGUCAGGUGUGUUUAAGUACAUGAGACAGCUGUUAGCUGUGGUCCCCAUGCUUUGAAGUGUAAUGCCACAACUUCCUCCAUUGCUGUUGGUACCCUGGAACAUCACUGCCCCCAGCCCUUGACAAGAACCAUCCUUUUUCUGCUAUUGAGUUUGUUUUAGAGAUCAUGGCAAGGUGAGAUGCAUGUGUUUCUGCAUCUCACUUACUUCACUUAAUGGUGCCAUCCAUCUCAUUCGUGUGGUCAUAAGAUAGGACUGUUCUCUCUGAGAAAGCUAAGUGUGUAUUUGAACAGCACACUCUCUCUCCAUUCUCCCAUCCUUAGGAAGUCAGGCUCUGGGGAGUGCUGCUGCAGUGAACACAAGAAUGCCAUGUCUCUGGCACUCGGACCUCAAUUCUAGCAGUGGGCUUAUUGUACCCUAUGGCAUUUCUGUUGUUAGCUUUUUGAGGAACUUCACUGUUUUGCAUACUGGCUGUACCAAUUUUCAUCCAGACCACACAAUACAAACCCUGUCAUCACUUGUUAUGAUCCCUUGUUUCAGCAGUAGCCAUACAGACAAGUGUGAGGUGAAACCUCACUGUGGCUUUGAUUCAACAUUACUGUUGGCCAUUUUAUAUCUACUUCGGAGAAAAGCUCAUUCAUCCUUUGCCCAGCUUUUGUCAGGGUCUUCUAUCACAACAACAGAAAUGAAAUUAGAACUAAGAGGCUAGUGUUUUGAUCUGUUUUAGUCCUUUUAGCAUACCAUCCCACUGUUCUCUGCAGUUUCUGCCAAGGACUUUAGCAGUCUUAUAGAGGGAAGGUGGUCCUUGGUAGUCUCCUUUCUCGAUGCUUCCACAAUUCUCUUUGACUCUCUCGUUGAACAGUUUGGUUGUAAGAUGUCUCAGUCAAGACCACUUCAUCUCUCUAGGGUUCUUUGUCAUGAUCUGGGGAUUCACUUAGCCUCCAGCUUUAAAGUUUCAGUUACUUCUCUUUAAAAGCCCCUCCCUCACAUUGUGGGAUCCUGUGCUACGUGUUUUAACAUAUGUCAUGCUCAUAACAUAGGUCAUACAGGACUCAUAAGUCAUGAGUCCUGUAGGAUUCUUUUUGGUUUUGUUUUUCUGUUUUGUUUAUUUGGUUGGUUGUUUUUGGAGACAGGGUUUCUCUGUGUAGCCCUGGCUAUCCUAGAACUCACUCUGUAGACCAGCCUGGUCUCAAAGUCAGAUCCACCUGCCUCUGCCUCCCAAGUGCUAGGAUUAAAGGUGUGAGCCACCACCACCCAGCUCCUGUAGGAUUCUUUGCUCUUUUUUUUUUUUUUUUUUUUUUUUGGUUCUUUUUUUUGGAGCUGGGGACCGAACCCAGGGCCUUGCGCUUCCUAGGUAAGCACUCUACCACUGAGCUAAAUCCCCAGCCCCUUCUUUGCUCUUUUUAUUCCUUGUCUUUUCGUUCAGUAUAUAGAUAGUUUCCAUAUCUGCUGAGAGCUUUGCAGGGUCUUCUGUUUGACUAUGUGCACUGUUGACGCUCCCUGGAAGUCCAUAGUUCCUGUAUUCGUGUUCUUUGGUUCUGAAUUUCUAAGGCUCUUGAGGUUUCUUUCUCUUUAUAAUGCCUUGUUCAGGUGUUACUCUCCUUGCUUGGUGGUCUUGCUGUGUUCCUUUGCAGAUCAGUGAGCUGCUUUAAGAUCCUUAUAAUGCCUUGUUAGGCUAUUUGCUGCCCUCAUGUCUCAGGUUAUGCCUCUGGAGCUCAACUUAAUUUCAUUGGUGCUUGCUGUCAGUGUGCUCUCAAGCCUUGCGUCAUUGUCCUGUGUCUUAAGAAGCAGAUGCUUUCUGCUUUUACUAACCUGACUUGGAAAAAGCUUCUACACCAUCCUAGCCAGGGUUCAGGUACAUGCAAAUAUAUGAGCCUCUGGGGGACAGUCACAUUGAAACCACCACAGAGCUGUAAGUAUGGGAGUGUGCCAUUCAUUUCUGAGAUGAACUAUACGUGUGUGUCUAUUGCUAUGAUGAAACAAUGAUCAAAAGCAACCUGCGGAAAAGGUUCUUAUUUGGCUUACAUGUCCUGAACUGAGGACAGUCAAGGCAGGAGCUCACAGAGGAUGGAAACCUAGAGGCCAGAAGGAAUGCUGCUCACUGGCCUGCUUUGCCUGCUUAGAGCACUCGGAACACUAGCCUCUGGCACUGCCCACAGUGGAGUGGGCCUCACACAGCAGUCACUGGUCAGGAGAUGCCCUGGCCCCUCACACAGCAGUCACUGGUCAGGAGAUGCCCUGGCCCCUCACACAGCAGUCACUGGUCAGGAGAUGCCCUGGCCCCUCACACAGCAGUCACUGGUCAGGAGAUGCCCUGGCCCCUCACACAGCAGUCACUGGUCAGGAGAUGCCCUGGCCCCUCACACAGCAGUCACUGGUCAGGAGAUGCCCUGGCUUGUUUGCCAUUUUAUGCUCACCCCUAGCCCCACCUCCAGAGUGUUUGAGACAGGGUUUCUUAGUGUAGCCCUGCAUGUCCUGGAACUAGCUCUGUAGACCAGGCUGACUUUGAACUCAGAAAUCUAUGUGCCUCUGUGCUGUGCCCAGCUCCAGCACCAUCUUUUGGAGAGUCCUUCCUCUCAGAGACUCUAGCUAUGUCAGGUUGGCACAGUGUGCCACUCAUUUCUGAGAUACCAGGUUUUCUUCCUAUCCCCUUUACAGAAUAGGGAAGGAAUCUUGUGAAUGUCAUGUGUAUCAGUGUGUUUAUGCAUGACAUUUAUGAAUGCACUAAGCCUGGCUUCACAAAGAUGACUCAGAUGCCCACCCAACACUCUAGCAGUCAUACCCUUCCCAUUCUAUAUCUCUGGUUUCCCUUCUGUGUGAUAAACAUGCACUUGCCCAGUCACACAUUACACAAAGUGCUGUUAGGUUGAAAGACUGAAAGACUGUAGAGAGCUUUGGGAUUAGUUCAAGAUGUGUUUCCGGGUCCUCUGGGAUUGGUGAAAAGCGGGCAGAACCAAAGCACCUGAUGCUGAGUUGGAGACUGAUUCUCCUUUCCAUGGUCUGAAAUGAAGAUAACACCAUUGUUUCUGUUUGUAUUCCACUUGAGCCCUCCCUCUGUCCUCCUAAUUUAUGGGUUGUAAAUUACUUUUAACAAACCAUUAUAAUCAUGAA